CUAUAGACUUACACAUAUAAUAUAUCGCACUUUAUAACCAUGAAAGAUAAAGCUUCCGCAGUUCAAAAUUGGGGAUCGCUCCCUUUUACAGUAGAUGGAAGUGAACAGUGGAUACGUAACUUUAGGGACUAUACAGAUAUAAAACUUAAAAAGGACCAUGAAAACAGACCCAUGUGGGUGUGCCCUGAUGGGUACUUGUACCUGGAUAUAUCAGCAAAAGCCAGCAGGCAGGCACAGGACUUUCUAACCACUAUCGCAGAACCCAUUUGCAGGCCUGAGUACCUGCAUGAAUAUCAAAUAACGGUAUUCUCAUUGUAUACUGCAGUAUCAGUAGGACUCACAGUAGAGGAGUUACUCACAAACCUGAAUAAAUUCUCCAAGAACGAAAUACCAAAGAAGGUCAAGGAUUCCAUUGUAACCACUGCCUCAGCAUUUGGGAAGAUCAAAUUAGUACUCAGGGAUAACAGGUACUGGAUAGAGUCACAUGAUAAAAAGGAAUUGGACCACCUGUUGACCAACCCGGUCAUCAGGAGUGCUAGAAUAGUACCAAAUACAUGGACACAAAAGGAGUCAGACCAGGAAUAUAUCACCUCAUCAGUACUCACAGCUGAUGUCGCGUCUAUCAUGUUCAACUCAACAGAAAACAGUGAUAGCGCAAAACCGGUAAGGGAGUCGAAAAUGCCGGUGGCAGUGGAGGGAUUGGGGACAGUGUCUGAGGAGUCACGUGCUACAAGUGAAGUGUACUCCUUCGAGGUAUACCAAGAGAAAAUAGAAGAGCUGAAACGUGAAGCCUUACAGUCAAUGAAAAGACCAUUAGUUAUGGAAUAUGAUUUUAGAAAGGAUAAGAAGACACCGACUUUAGAUUGCUGCAUCAGGACUAAUAUUAAGAUUAGAUACUACCAAGAAAGAGCGCUUAGGCGUAUGUUUAGCAAUGGCAGAGCAAGGUCUGGUAUCAUAGUGUUGCCAUGUGGAGCUGGGAAGACACUUACUGGUAUUGUGGCGGCAUGUACCGUCAGGAAGCCCAUAUUCGUACUGACUACAUCAGCAGUGGCAGUAGAGCAAUGGGUGAAGCAGUUCCAGGAGUUUACCAAUAUAUCAGCUGAACGAGUGGUGACUCUCACAUCGGAUCAUAAAAGUGACCUUUGGGAUGAAAAGGGCGCUGGUGUAGUGAUAUCAACCUAUACCAUGAUGGCAUUCACAAGGAAACAUAAGGAAUCAACAGAGAAUAUAUUGAACCAAAUAAAACAAAGAGAUUGGGGACUGCUGAUAUUCGAUGAAGUGCAAUUUGUGCCGGCACCAGCCUUCAGAAGAAUCAAUGAUAUUGUAAGGUCACACUGUAAAUUGGGACUUACGGCCACACUAGUCAGGGAAGAUGAUCUCAUCAAGGACCUGCAAUGGCUAAUCGGACCAAAGCUGUAUGAAGCCAACUGGCUAGAACUGCAGGAAAAGGGAUUCCUAGCAAAAGUAAUAUGUAAGGAAAUAUGGUGCCCUAUGACAGCACCCUUUUAUAGAGAGUAUCUCCGCAGCGACUGCGCUAAAAAAAGAAGGUUGUGGUCAUGUAACCCAGUUAAACUGGCAACCUGCGAGUACCUACUGAAGUUUCAUGAAGCACGGGGUGAUAAGGUUAUUGUCUUCUCGGAUAACCUGUUCGCACUGCAUAACGUAGCCAAAAAACUAUGUAGACCCUUCAUCUGCGGUAAGGUCUCCUCAGCGGAACGCAUCAUCAUAUUGAACAAGUUCAAAAAUGAAAAUACGUUUAACUCGAUCAUACUCUCGAAAGUUGGUGAUAACGCACUGGAUAUACCGUGUGCCAACGUAGUAAUACAAAUAUCGUUCAACUUUGCAUCAAGAAGACAAGAAGCACAACGGCUAGGACGUAUAUUAAGACCAAAAAGUAAAACUGAUGAAAAUGGAUUCAAUGCGUUCUUCUACAGCCUAGUGAGUAAAGACACACAGGAAAUGGUAUUCGCUGAUAAAAGACAACAGUUUAUCAUCGAUCAGGGAUACGCAUAUAACGUAACAAGCUCAUCGGAAAUAGUAAAAGACGAAAGUAACCUAAUAUACGCUAAGCCAGAAGUGAGAGAAGAGUUACUCAGGGAAAUCAAUGUACAAACCACUGAUGUGGACGAAGAAGAAGAUGAACAUAUACCAGAUCCAAAGCUUAACCCGCAACUGGAAAAUAUUAACAUAAACAAUAUACAGAACAGGACUUCACUAGCCGCACUUACAGGGUCAACGCAAAAUAAACAAACCAAGAAGAAAUCACACACCUUGAAACUAAGGAAAAAGCCAUUAAGAAAGAAGGCAAGCCAACACCCAAUGUUCAGGAAGUUCUUCUCAAAUAAGACAUAAUAAUAUGUAUAUGAACAUAGUACAAAAAUAUAGAACUGU